GGACACCACAAGAAGCUGCUGCUGUGAUCUUCCCUCACUGGCAUAAGAGAGAUGGGAGAUCACAUCAUUAGCCUCACAAGCCACACUUAAUUCCACAUUCACAGAGAUCCACCAUGAUCAGCGCAACUAGAGCAUCGGUGAUAAGUAGGCGCGCACACGCUUCUCCUGCUCUCACUCAGCGCUUUGCAUAGCCAUGUUCGAUUCCUCUUACAGCGACAGUGGCCUCCACCCGCUCUUCUUCUCCGCCACAGCGGCGACCAUGGCGGUGGCGGCGUACCCUGCUCCUCCUCCUCCUCAUGGACUUCCUCGAUCAUAUCUCCAGAGGAGGAGCAGCUCCCACUCGCUUCCCUUCCACCACCACCACGUCCUCAACUCUAACGCCAGCCCCCCCAUGAGGCGGGUCCUCAGCGCCGGCGACCUCCAGGGGAUGAUGAGUUGUCCCAACGCUAAUCAUCGCGUCGGGCGAUACAGCGCCGAGGAGAGGAAGGAAAGGAUCGAGAGGUAUCGGAGCAAACGAAAUCAAAGGAACUUCCGCAGGAAGAUCACUUACGCGUGCAGGAAGACGUUGGCCGACAGCCGGCCGCGAGUGAGAGGUCGGUUCAAAAGGAACGGGGAGAUGGAAACGGAGACGGAGACGGAGACGGAGAUGGAGGCAGCGAAUGGGAACAACUUCGAGUUCUACAGCUACGACGACGCUGAGCAUAAGCAGAGCAAGAGCCGUAAGGUGGAGGUGGACUGGAGGAGCCAGUUGCAGGCGGCGCUGGCUGAGGAGGACCAAACGGAGAGCUGCUACGACGAGGAGCUCCUUGCCGGCUUCGCCGACGCAUUCUCCAUCAAUAUUUUCUCCUAAAUACCAAGAGAAGUUAGUUUAAUGAAGAACGAGAGAGAUGGAAGGUUAGUAGUGUCGCUGCAGGAGCAGCGUAGUUUCUGUAUUUUAAUUUUCAGUUUUUUAAAAAUAAUAUAUAUUUUUAAAGCA